UCUCACUACCCUGAGGAUCAAUCCUUUUCUUAAUACCACCCUCCAUCCUGUCCGGCACUUGUCCUCCCCAUCUCAUGACUUCGUUGACCAUGGCUUGACAACCUGAAUUUUGUGUUGUGACGUCUUUCUCUGUCUCAUCUCCCCUUGUCCUAUUCUGCCCCCACCUCCCCCCCUAAAAAGUGCUACUGUUCGUAUUCGCAUUGACAAUAGGCGGACGAUCCAUCAUCCAUCCUGUUGCGCCUCCUCUUCUUCUCAACUCCUAUACUGGAAACCAUUUCGUUCUCUUGACGCUCUGUCCGCAACGGACAUAUCCAUAUGUCAACAUGAUUCCGCAUAGGAGCACAGCUCUUCUGACCAUUAUUGUUUUUGUCGCUCUUCUAUUGAUUAUCUUCUCCUCCUCUCCAGCUUCCGACUCCUCGACUGGUGCACCAGUCUCCGGCCCGGCUAGAUUUGUCCCUCACCCAAAGCUUCCCUCCUUCAACGACCUGCACCUGCCAUCCUUCCGGCCCACCGUUCAUACUCCUCCUGAACCCCAACCGAAUAGUACAAGCGGAGAGACCAGCUGGUUUAGCGAUUGGUCGUGGAUUAAUCCGUUUUCCUCCUCCAUCACUCUUGACGAGAACCGAUCCGUUCUCCCUCCCUUGAGGAACCGGCCUUUCAUUUACACCUAUUACGAACCAAACAAGGGCAAUGACGUGGACGAGAACAAUGCUGAUGCUCAGCUUCUUCUCGCAUGGCGCAGAGCUUGGUAUGCGCAAGGCUUCCGUCCCGUCAUCCUCGGCCCGGGAGAAGCCAUGAACAACCAAUUCUACGAGCUGGUCCAGCGCGUCAGGUUCAAACCCGAGCUCGAACGGGAGAUUUUCCGAUGGCUGGCUUGGGGACAUAUGGGCGAUGGCUUGCUUGCGGAUUGGCAUUGUUUUCCAAUGGCUAGGUACGAUGACGCCCUCUUAUCCUCCCUGCGCCGGGGCUCCGAUCCAGCAUUCAUCACCCGCUUCGACCGACUGGGCGGCGCUCUAUACUCCGGGGAAAAGUCACGGAUCAACGACAUGAUCAAGCAAGCUCUGAACAAAGUGGAUGAGACGUCUACCUCCCUGGUGGACUUGGUCCCGAGCGACCUGUUCAAGGUAGAGGAGACUAAGUCGUUGGCGCUGUACGAUUCGACGACCAUUACGAGCCAUUAUCCCGCCAUUGCAGAGAAGAUGGUCUCGUCUCCGACCGCCGGCCGAUUGGCAUUGGCAGAGCUGAUCAAUGCGCAUUUGCACAACACGUUUCAGAAUGCUUUCCCGGCAGGCAUUGCCAUCCUGAAGCCUUUUCCCCAGCACACGACAGCUCUUGUCGAGCCCGCUUUACGACUUGCGAAGGCUCUCGUGCAGUGUCCGAGCUCGCCCGUGCCCCAAUCAUGUCCGCCCAACUUACCGAAGUGCCAUCCGUGUGAUGCGGCGAAGCCAAUGCAACUGAGCCAGCCAUCCACCUACCGAAACACAACCCAAGUCUUUACCAUUGGCACGCUUCCACACCCUUUCACUUUGAUUAGUCUGCAGCAGGAUUCUACCGAUGUGAGCAUCCGCCACAUUCGGCGCGAGACGGAUCGGGAUGUAUGGUUGACAGAGGUUACCAAAGACCAGUUGGGCCUCGAGAUUGGCGGGUUGCCCAGGUCUACUGUUUUCAAGAGAGCUGUCGCAGACGAUGCCGUUGUGGGCACAUCGUUAUGGAUGACCGUGGAAUCGCUCCCCUCUCAUGCCGGUCAGUCGCUUCCGACCGAGCUGCUGGAUGAAUUUGAGUGGCAGCUUGGCUUCAAGAUCCCCCGGGAUGGCAAGGUGGACGCCAAGAACGAAGACGAGAAGAAGGAAUCCGUGCAACAUGCGAACCCCAGUGAGCAAGGGGUUCCCCAAGAGUAUGAGAUCAUCCAGCAAGCUCGUGAAAUCAUCAAGGCUCCGAAAGCGAAUAACCGGCCCAACGUCAAGGCCGCCGCCGAAGCCUGGAAUUUGGCAGACGCAGAGGUCUGGCGGUUUGUUAGAGCAUACCGAGCUCGCAGUGUGGUUGAACGCAAGAAGUGGGAGGAGGAUGAGCAAGACUUUGUUGGCGCUCAGCUAAAACAGUAGGAGAGGAUCGAGCGUUUGUUUUCAAAAUGAUACCUUUUGUUCAAUACUUAUUACUUGGCAUCAUCAUAACUAC